AUGUUGGAGCUGAGGCACCGGGGAGGCUGUCCCGGCCCCGGGGGAGCGGUGACGCCGCCACCUCGCGAGGGAGAGGCGGCCGGCGGCGACCACGAAACCGAGAGUACCAGUGACAAAGAAACAGAUAUUGAUGACAGAUAUGGAGACUUGGAUUCCAGAACAGAUUCUGAUAUUCCUGAAAUUCCAUUAUCUUCAGAUAGAACCCCUGAGAUCCUCAAGAAAGCUCUGUCUGGUUUAUCUUCAAGGUGGAAAAACUGGUGGAUUCGUGGAAUUCUUACUCUAACUAUGAUUUCAUUGUUUUUCCUGAUCAUCUAUAUGGGAUCAUUUAUGCUGAUGCUUCUUGUUUUAGGCAUCCAAGUGAAAUGCUUCCAUGAAAUUAUCACUAUAGGUUAUAGAGUCUAUCGUUCUUAUGACCUGCCAUGGUUUAGAACAUUAAGCUGGUACUUUCUACUGUGUGUAAACUACUUCUUCUAUGGAGAGACUGUGGCUGAUUAUUUUUCUACAUUUGUUCAAAGAGAAGAGCAACUUCAGUUCCUCAUUCGCUACCAUAGAUUUAUAUCGUUUGCCCUCUAUCUGGCAGGUUUCUGCAUGUUUGUGCUGAGUUUGGUGAAGAAACAUUAUCGUCUGCAGUUUUAUAUGUUCGCAUGGACUCAUGUCACUCUACUGAUAACAGUUACUCAGUCACAUCUUGUCAUCCAAAAUCUGUUUGAAGGCAUGAUAUGGUUCCUUGUUCCAAUAUCAAGUGUUAUUUGCAAUGACAUAACUGCUUACCUUUUUGGAUUUUUUUUUGGGAGGACUCCAUUAAUUAAGUUGUCGCCUAAAAAGACUUGGGAAGGAUUUAUUGGCGGUUUCUUUUCCACAGUCGUGUUUGGAUUCAUUGCUGCCUACAUGUUAUCCAAAUACCAGUACUUUGUCUGCCCAGUGGAAUACCGAAGUGAUGUUAACUCCUUUGUUACAGAAUGUGAACCCUCUGAACUUUUCCAGCUUCAGAGUUAUUCACUUCCUCCCUUUCUAAAGGCAGUGUUGAGACGGGAAACCGUGAGCUUGUAUCCUUUCCAGAUACACAGCAUUGCUCUUUCAACAUUUGCAUCUUUGAUUGGCCCUUUUGGAGGCUUCUUUGCCAGUGGAUUCAAAAGAGCAUUCAAAAUCAAGGAUUUUGCAAACACCAUUCCUGGACAUGGCGGGAUAAUGGACAGAUUUGAUUGUCAGUAUUUGAUGGCAACUUUUGUGCACGUGUACAUCACAAGUUUUAUAAGGGGUCCGAAUCCCAGCAAAGUGCUACAGCAGUUGUUGGUGCUUCAACCGGAACAGCAGUUAAAUAUAUAUAAAACCCUGAAGACUCAUCUGAUUGAGAAAGGAAUUCUACAGCCCACCUUGAAGGUAUAGCUGGAUCCAGAAAGGGAAGGACUAAUCAUAAGGAGUUCUACAGGAAAGCACUGACUGAUGAAAUUUUGUAAUUGCACAGAAAACUGGUUAAAAAUGCAAUAGAUUGAAGUUUUAUGACACGAAUGUCUCUUCUCGAAAUUACUGUGAAUAUUUAACACUUACUUGAUCUAAGUUAUGAAAUAAGUAGCAAAUUAUCAGCAAAAAAAUCCUGUACUUUUUCUAAAGUGUAUUUUCUGAUGUUAACUUCCUUCCCCCGACUUGCUAGGUUUCAUAAUGUAAAAGACUUGUGUUUUAAAGAGUCAAACGGAAAAAGAGUAAAUUGAGGAUGUGUUAAGAUUGCAUCUGGCGUUGUGCCCUUUGCACAAAUAUUUACUUUUGUACUUGGAGCUGCUCUUAAUUUUAACAAAAUGUUUUGUGUAAGGCACAAUAGGAAGUUAGUUCUCCUGCACUUCCUCCUCUCAGUCUGAAGUCCUUUCUGAAGGGCUGAGUUGGAUCCAAAAAAGAAAAAAAAAAUCUUGUCCGUUUUUCAAAGAAAUAAGUAAUCAUUUGCCAGGGGAAAACAUGCCAUUUUUAGGUAGGUUCAAAAAGAGCAGACAUCAAACUCGACUCCUGAUAAAAUCAUUUGGAAAAACAUGACAGUUGCAAAAAAAAAAA